UUCAGAAUGAAUUUUUUUCUAACAAUCCUUGUCGCUAUUAUGAUAUUGGAAGGCAAUUAUAUUACUGCUAAAGAAAAGGAAACUUUGGAUAACAGUAACUUUGUCAAAUUUUCUGAAUUUGGAAAAUGUAUGGUAGACUGUGGAGCAGGAAUUAACCCGAAAAUGAAUAAGAAACCUAAUGUUACAAUUGUUGAAUUUUACGAAUAUUUAUGGCAGACCAAACUUGAUUAUUUGAAUGAAUUUAACUCUACAAUAAAAAGUUGUGAAAUGUAUAAUGGGCCAUCAUCAACAUCAAAUACUAACCCCAUAGAUUGUGAAAAAGUAAUAAAUGCUUAUGCUAGCCUAUAUGUAUGUGCAAUAAAACAUCUAUUGAAUACAAGUUUUCUACUGUAAAUAUUACAAUAAAUUUGCAUA